UCACAUUUCUAAAAGAGCUGAACUGAAAGCGAAUAAGUUUUUAUGACAUAGCUAAUGCUGUCAAAAUGUCGUAUAGUCGCACAGAUAGAAGUCUAUCCGCAAACACGAAGGCAGGCUCUCGAAAAUUCUCAUUGUUCUUACCUCUUUUUAACACCAUCUCUUGAAGUCAGAGGCGGAAAGAUCGAAUGAUCCCUUGAAGGCCCCCUGUCAUUGGCGCUUUUGGAGUAAUACGCGGGGGCAUUCCUCGUAUUACAGCACUAUUACAACCACUAGGAAUGCAAUUUCCUCAACAGGUAACAUUACACUAUGCCUUUACACUUUAUAUCAUUUGUGUUAAUUCAAUAAUUUCUUUUUAUGAUGCUUGUGUCUCUUCCACCAUCUCUCUCUAUCGACAUCAUUCUUUGUCAUCUUCAUUCCCCUCUCGUUGUAUACUGCUGAUGUUGGAUUUUGGCGCACACAGCUCACAAAAAAAACACAUACCACACCACAUCACAUCUGCUCACUCAAACACAUCACACCCUGUGUUGCCGUACCACACCGCUCCUGUCCCUUGGGAAUUGCAUCUGAAAUCUGAAAUGCCAUACCUCCAGUAAAAUCUGUCUGCUGUGUGCUGUCUGCGGUCUGCUAUCUACUGUCUAAUUCCAUGUUUGUGCUUUUGUUCAACUAGCCUUCCCUCGUGUACUUCGUCUUAGUUGGGCUUUAACUCGUUAUGUGGUUGUGGUAUUUGCGGCGGAAUGCCGUAUUAUCGGUAGCCUCGGUCUUAAUGGCCACCAACCUUGUCGCUACGUAUGAGCUAGACGUUCAAUCAACAGAUUCCAUCAAGGAUACAGCGAAGAAGAUGGCAGAGGAUUUAGUGUCGUUCUAUCACGGCAACGAACCCGGACAAACCCCUGGUCUUUUGCCACAACCGUAUUACUGGUGGGAAGGGGGCGCUUUUAUGGGCGCAUUAAUUGAUUAUUGGUAUUAUACUGGAGAUACCACUUACAACGACAUCGCUCAGCAGGGUCUUCUUCAUCAGGUUGGCCCAUAUAAUGAUUACAUGCCUCCUAACCAGACACUAACCGAGGGUAAUGAUGACCAAGGAUUUUGGGGGAUGGCUGUCAUGACCGCAGCUGAGUACAAAUUUCCGGACCCGCCGCCGGACAAGCCUCAGUGGUUGGCACUUGCUCAGGCUGUCUUUAACACACAAGCCGCCCGAUGGGAUGAGGGACAUUGUAAUGGUGGUCUGCGAUGGCAGAUAUUUACCUGGAACAACGGCUAUGACUACAAAAACUCCAUCUCUCAGGCGUGUUUCUUCAACAUCGCCGCACGGCUGGCACUCUAUACUGGGAACAGUACCUAUGCCGACUGGGCCGUUAGGACGUGGGACUGGAUGGUCAACGUUAAAUUUAUUGACGAGGAUUAUAGAGUAUACGACGGGGCGCAUAUAGGUGACAACUGUACCACUAUUACGCCGUAUCAAUUUUCGUAUAACGUCGGUGCAUUCCUUUUGGGAUCGGCCGCCAUGGUCGCAUACGCAAACAGCACGAAACAACAGGGCGACGUCGAGAUGUGGAGCGAACGAGUUAACGGAUUAUUGAACGACACCGAGCAGAUAUUCUUUUUUGGAAACGACACUUCGAAUCGAAUUAUGAUCGAGAUCGCUUGUGAGCCAGUCAAUUUGUGUGACACGGAUCAGCUAUCAUUUAAAGCCUAUUUAAGCAGAUGGAUGGCCGCCACUACAAAGUGGGCGCCGUUUACUUUCGAUCGGAUCAAGACCUUGCUGCAAAACUCUGCUGUAGCUGCAGCAAAGCAAUGUACGGGCGGCGAUAACCACCGCAUGUGCGGGUUGAAGUGGGCAAAUAACAGCGGGGUAUGGGAUGGCUCGACUGGUGUUGGACAACAAAUGGCGGCUAUGGAAGUGGUAUUAGCUAACAUGAUACGCGAAGCGGAGGUGCCGGUUACCAAUAGCACUGGUGGAACUAGCAUUGGAAAUCCUUCGGCGGGUGGAUCAGACAACGGACGAGUUGACCUCGACGCGCGAUAUUUUGGGCCGAUUACUGGGGGCGAUCGAGCUGGUGCGGCCAUCUGCACUAUAGUCGUCCUCGGAACUCUCUUAGCUGGUGCUGUUUUCAUGGUGGCAGAUGAGACAAAAUCGACAAAAGAAAACUGGUCCAAUCUACGCUCGGGUGUCGCCGCUGCUUCUGGACCGGGUAUGUUAGCAGCUCUGGUGCCUGGUAAAAAGAAGUCAGUGCUAGACGAGAAGGGAAAGGGACUUGCGAUGGAAAGAAGUUCGAGUACCGAGACGGGAGAGAAAAUCCCGACGGUCUAUGCGAACGGCAGGUUACAAAGACACCCCGAGAAUUCACAGCAAGCACAGCCUAUAAGACCGUUGUCAACUUCGGGCGUAGUAUCUCCAACGGCAACCCCGGUUGGGGAGAACCGUAUGUCGACAGCUAGCUUCGGCCAGAGAGGGUCUGUGCUUAGGAAACAAAGACCAUAAAAGAGUGGAUGGUUGAAUUACCUACCUCACAUAAGGAUACAAAAGGGAUUUGCAUUAGGAGAGGCGUUUGAGUAUUUGAGCAUCAGUUUACGAGGCUUCAUGAACAUUUCCAUCGGGGUUUUUCUUUUUUUACAGGUCACCACCAUUCGGGUCUAGGGAUAGGCAAGCAUUGGUCUGGAUGUGCAAGGUAGAGAGAGGGAAAGAGUGAGAGAGAUAUGAGAUACCACAAACGUCUUACAUAUUGUUGCUUUCACGUACCUUAGGUACCAUUAUAUAUUGGCUGUCGCUCCUUGCUAAUCAAGACGGGCGUGGGUAAUGUUUAAAUGCUAUUAUGGCUUGACCUGGUACAUUGGAUCUCUCAUAUAUUUGAAUGAGAAGUAUGUAGAUGUAGCCCCUCCUAUCUACCGGAAUUAAUCUCAUAAUAACUACCUGGUACCUAACCUACAAUAAAGGGUACCUAGAAUUUAAUAAA